AUGCAAGCACUUAGAACUUAUCUAGCGGACGAAAGGCCCCAACAACUUUAUUAUCUUAAUGCCUUCGUGGAAGCCCGCAAACUAUUUCACCGCAAACAAGCCCAAAUUGUCCGGCAGAUGGCCGUCUUAAAAACAACCGGACCUCCCCCAUAUGAUGAAAUUAAAGCCCAAGAAGAGCAACUGGAUAGAUCUCUUAUCCCUUUCUAUUACCCUGAGCCGAUGGCACCUCCACCGCCAAGACCAGGGGCCGGAGAUAGAGCAGGAGCAGGGGCUGGGACAAAUGCAAGACCUGGGGAAAACCUAACAAAUCCCGCCGCCGCCACCCCUUCACUCAAUACACCAGUCCCAUCGUCGCUCAACCUUCCCCAAGGCACAUGGGAAACAGGGGAGGACCAAACCGACCCAAAUAUGAGAGCGCCACUAAAUGAAGAUCUGUCUAAUGGGGAAAGAGACGGGCCGGUUUCCAGUAGAACACGGAACAGGGACAAUUUGGCUAACGGAGAGGUGGAGGGCGCUUUUCCCCUCAGGGCACUCCCCAUACCCCCGACCAGGGCAGGAGACCCACCUCCCAUGGUAUUCACUCACCAGCCCUUUCUUACCGCGGACUUAAUGAACUGGUCGGACAAAAUGCCUUCUCUCCGGGACGACCCUGACAAAUGCCACCGUCAAGUGGCCACCAUCUUCUCCACCCACAACCCCACCUGGGCAGAUGUGCAUAUGCUACUUGGGGCCCUUUUUAAUGAGGCAGAAAAAAGGGAAAUACUGGUGAAAGUGGGGGAGGCUUUAACCCGGGUAGACUACCAACCAGGCCGUCCCGCUUCAAUGGCUCCACUUACCGCCCAGAACUUAAUUAACGACCCAGACUGGGACUACAAUACUGAUAACGGUAUCUGGGGCUUAAAGAUUUUUAAGAAAGCCAUCUUGGAUGGAAUAAAAGCUGCAGGACAGCGGACUGUGAAUUGGACGAACGUCCAAGCCGUCCUUCAAGGACCAGAUGAACACCCCGCCGACUACUACACCCGGCUAGUAUCCGCGAUUAAAACUUGGGGUGGGAUUGACCCGGAGAGCCCACAGCACAAGGUCAUCGUUAAAGGGUUCUUUAAGGACCAGGCAACACCCGACAUACGGAAAGCAUUAAAUUCGCACCUAGGGUAUGACGGGAAAACAAUGAAUGAGAUUCUUUCCAUUGCAAAGUCCGUUUUCAACUCAAGGGAUGAAAGGAAGCGAAAAGAUCCAAAGCCUGAUUCCCCACGGGUACUAGCUUAUGCAAGUGGACUCCCUUCCAAAGAUAAGCCAAGAGGGAAAGGGCACGAGCACACUGGAGGCCCCUCUGUUAUCACUGCAAUGAGCCGGGGGACAUGAAAAGAAACUGCCCCCUUCUUACCCGCACACAAGAUCAGGGAAUUAGGAGAAUGGACUAUAGGGAGUACAAACCCUUUAAAUCAGAAUACAGGGAACCAACCUACCCCAAACUCAAUGAUCCUACCACCCAGUAUGGAUCUUCUCAUUUUCAAAGUCAAGCACCACCUGCAAGGGGAUCUACUGCAACCCCUAUGGGACCCCCUCCUCUGCCACGACCAAGGAACCCACCUAACCAUACCAACAACCCUUUCAAUCACGCUAACCGACCAACCAACAUACCCCACAAGAUGGUGAUGGAAGAGUAUCAUGAAUAUUGACAAUCAGAAGCAGAUCCCGCCUCCUUUUCCUUUCUUUGCCCAGUCUUACAACUAUCCUCCUCUGACCCCAUCUGCACUAUGCAAAUCGAUGGACAAUCUUAUGACUGCCUCCUUGACACUGGGGCCACUUACUCCACCCUUACCAAUAGCCACUUGGCCCCGGGGGAAGAAACUAGGACUGUGAUGGGACUCAAUGGAAUCCCCCGGAACUGCCCCCUUUCCAAACCUGCAAAAGUCUCAGUCGGACCUCUAUUGGUCAAACAUACCUUCUUACUAACCUCUAGCCCCGUCAACCUCUUGGGGAGGGAUCUGCUCUGCAAACUGAACGCUACGAUCCAAUGUGGCCAGGAAGGAAUUUAUUUGCACAUGCCAAAUGACUCCAUUUUCAAUUUCCAAGGGAUUCUUCAGGAAGCUAACAGCAAAGCCAUUGAUCUUCCUCCCAAACUUCUCAAUAGUGUUCCCCCUUGGCUAUGGGGAACCGAAUCGACAUCAGUUGGACUCCUAAAGUCUGCAACCCCAGUAAAAGUAAACUAUAGGAAGGACCUACCGUUUCCUUGCACCAAGCAAUACCCCCUACCCCGGAAGCAAUAGAGGGACUCACUCCAAUGAUUGACGAGUUCCUAAAGAUGGGAGUUCUAGUUCCUUGUGCCUCUCCGUGUAACACCCCUCUCCUUCCUGUCAAGAAGCCCAACACAAACCCCGUCAAAUGGCGCUUGGUGCAAGACCUCAGACUCGUCAAUUCUUUCGUUAUUCCCAGGCACGCUGUAGUCGCUAACCCCCACCACCUUUUGAGCACCAUUCCGGAGGGAACUGUAGUUUACUCCGUCAUCGACUUAUGUUCUGCCUUCUUUAGUAUCCCCGUGGACCCAGAGAGCCAAUUCCUCUUUGCUUUCACCUGGCAAACCGGUCAACUAACAUGGACCCGGUUGCCUCAAGGAUAUGUAGAAUCUCCGGCAAUCUUCUCUUCCAUAUUACAUCAAGACCUAUUAGAUGUGGCCCUUCCGGGAGGCUCCACCCUCAGGCUUUACGUUGAUGAUAUCUUGCUUUGUGGGCGGGACUUAGAAUCCUGCAGAUCAGACACUAUAGCUCUCCUGACGAUACUGGCACAUAAGGGACACAAAGUAUCCCCAAAAAAGAUACAGUACUGCCAAAAGGAAGUGAAAUACCUUGGCCACAUCCUGGGAGAAGGCACCCGUGCCCUAACCACAGAUAGGAUUGAGGCCAUAACUAAGCUACCCCUUCCUAAAACGAAAAGACAGCUCAGGGGCUUCAUCGGGAUGAGCCGAUUCUGUUGCGCCUGGAUCCCCCGGUACGGAGAAUUCACCCGUCCCCUUACUACAAUGACCCACGACAAUGCCCCAGACCAACUACAAUGGACUGCGGAGGCCCUUGAAGCAUUCGAAUCUAUCAAACGGGAGUUGAGAUCUUCACCUGCCCUCGGACUCCCUGACUAUAGGCUGCCUUUCUCUUUAUUCGUCCAUGAAAAUAAAGCGGUAGCGUCUGGUGUCCUCACACAACCCUUUCAGGGAAGGAAUAGGCCUGUCGCCUAUUACAGCCUCCAGUUGGACACUGCUGUAAUGGGGAACGUGGGGUGCCUUAGAGCGGUGGCAGCUGCAGCAUUACUCCUAGAAAAGGCGCAAGAGACUAUUUUGGGACAUGAUCUAACUGUAAACGUCCCUCAUGCCGUAGCUACCCUUCUCAGCUUACAAGGGUGCCAACGCUUCACUAUACAAAGGCUGAACAGGUACGAGGCUAUCCUCCUCAGUCCGUCCAAUGUCACCAUAAAAAGAGUAAACUCUCUCAACCCUGUGACUCUCUUACCCCUCCCCGACGAUGGAACCCCACAUCACGACUGUUCCCAAGUGGUUCGCCAUGCCGAAAAGCCAUGGGAAGACCUGGACUAUCUCCCCUUAGCGGACCCUGACCUCAUCUUGUAUACUGACGGAAGCUCGAAGGUAGUGGGAGGGGAACGGAAAAGCGGAUACGCUAUUGUCAGCGACAUCGACCUCUUAGAAGCACGCCCUGUCCAUGCCAAGUACAGUGCGCAGGCUGCUGAACUUAUUGCUCUCAUCCGAGCCUGCGAACUGGGGGCGGGACAAAGAAUUACCAUUUACACAGAUUCAAAAUAUUGCUUUGGGUUGGUUCACGCCACCGGACAGAUCUGGCUGCAAAGGGGCUUCUUGACAGCUGCAGGCACCCAAAUAGCCCAUGCGCCUCUAGUGGAACGUCUCAUGAAUUCCAUACAUCUCCCGGAAGCUAUAGCGGUAGUGCAUUGUAAAGCUCACACCAAAGGGAAAGACCUGAUCUCAGUAGGGAACCGUUGUGCUGAUCGCGUAGUGCAGGAAGCAGCCCUAUAG